AUGUUGCCGAGCGGCACUCCCCCAGAAUCGCAGAACCGCGAGCAUGCCAAGCGAAGUGGGGAAGGAGGGGGAGUGUGUAGACUAGACUAGCAGUAGCCGACAGACGAGAGAUGUUUGCCUAUCGCUAAAGACAGAGAGAGAGAGAGGAGAGGCCAGGGAGAUGCGGAUUCAAGUUGUGUUCAACUCUACACCAAUACUGGUCCCGUGCGGAGACGGACACCUGACCGUAGGGGAGCUCAUUCAGAAGGCCAUUCUGCGCUUCAAGAAAGUCGUGGACAAGGAUCCAGAUGAUGUAAUCGAGGUACGAAGUCUGAGAUUAGCUGACACCGGGUCCUUUGUGGACCAAGAUGAUGAGGUGGCCGAGGUUUUGGAGGACAGAGAAGUGGUAAUUCUAGACUUUGAGUACGUGCCUCGUUAUGUCCGAGAGCCAGAUCCAGUGGGCGGGGCCAGCCUAUCGGGUGACUCCGCCCUAACGCCGUCGUCCCAGGCCUUCUCCCCCAUGACACUCGGAGACGAGGCCAGUGGCUCCGCCCACUAUCACAGACAGACAAACCACGCCCACUCGGAGGGUUACGUAACUUCAGGAGAAGGCGGAGUCAGUGAUCUUCAAUACAACUCAUCAGAGGGAGAGAGGGGAGGAAGGGAGGAGAGGGGAGAGGGAGGAAGAGGAGGAAAUGACGGCCCUGAACUACCUCCUUCCAUUGAGGUAUGUGUGUACAAUCCUACAGCUGAAUAUCGCUGUGAGUGGAGGAGUGGAGAGGAGGAGGAGGAGCUGGGGGAGGAGGGAGAGGAGGAGGAAGAGGGGGAGGGCGGGAGGGAGGCUGAGGAACUCGCCCACAUCCCGGGCCUGGGAGCCUCGCAGGACACGGAGCUGGUGGUGACUGGUGCCGGGUGGGAGGGAGAGGAAGAAGAGGAGGAGAGAGAAGCCUCGCAAGACCCGGAGAGUCCUCAUCUCACUCCGCGGAGAGCCAACUGGAGCAGUCAAGUGGACAGUGGCUAUGCCCCCAAGUCUCAAGAGAGCUUCUCUCACAGCCAGCCCAAGAGUCUGGAAGCUUACUCCACUUCUCAGGAGCUGAGUCUACAAGAGGGCGGAGCUUUGUCUGGAGGAGGGGCGGAGUACCCCAGAGAAUACCCCAACCUUACUCCGAGUCAGAGUGACACAACCCCAAAACGAGCGGGGGUUCCCCCCGAGAAGAAGGAUGAGGGGGCCAGUUCCAGGGGGUCUCAGAGGGGAGGAAGCUACGAGUUUUCCCCCAGAGGCGACAAGAGGUCAGGGUCCAAUUCCUAUUCCCGGAUCCAGCGUGGGACGGAUGGAAAUUUCGUGAUGUCACCGGCACGCUCCAGUACUCUUGGUAGACCGGGCGAGUUUAGUGGCAGUGGUGGUUUUGGUUUUGAGCGUGGACCCCGGGGGGGUGAGGGGAGUGGUCGCGGUGGACGAGACCACUACUACCACAGAGACUACCGAGACGGAUACGGUUCCUAUGACAACCACGAGGGGUACGUCAGGGGUCACGGGUUCGCAGGGGAUUUCGACCGGCACCCUUACCCCCACCCGGACUGGCGAAGAUCCUACGCCGGGGGAGAAUUUGACCACGCCUCCCCUUACUCCGUAGGGGGGCGGAGUUUGUACGACCUCCAUCACGGGGCGGGAGGGCGGUAUGAUCGUGGGGUGUUUCGACCAUCACCACCGAGCGGCCAGGUUCGGAACGAGACGAGACCACAUCCUGAUGGAAGAGGCGCGGCUGUUGCGAGUGAAGAGCCACGAGAGGAUGGAGCAUUUGGGCGGGCUGCUAAUUAUCUGCACCCCGGAGGUUACGACCCCCGUCACAUGAUGGGGGGUCCGUCGGGCUACUCUCUCUCCCAGCCGGUCCCCUACCUCGGUCCCCCUCGCUCUCUGCACGGCCCGUCUCUGGACCACGAGAGAUCCAGACUCCUCCCCCUCCUCGAGAGGGAGCAACGAGGUUCGACCCAAAGGAUAAGAGGAGGAACCCUUGACGAGAGGAGAGAGAGGGCCUAUUCUCUGGACGAGGAAUAUGACGAUGAUGACGACCUUGAUAGAAAAGACCACAGAGCCAGUCAGACGCAGCUGAAUCCUUUCAAAAGAGACUUUCGUAAGAGUAUAUUCCGCGACGGAGCUGUAUUCUCCAACUGGAUGGAGAGAGUCCAUGAGUACGGACUGGAGGAUGAAGAAGUUCAGAACACAGUUCCCAUGUUUGAGGGAGGAGACGUGAGCCAGAGCCAGAGAACUCCUUCUCCUCAGCCGCCCGGAGAGAAAGAGAGAGGUGAGGAGGAGAGCGAAGAAGAGGAGUUGUGGGAAUGUUCAUAGCAUUGAGCUUAGUGAGCUCCACAAGGCAGAGGACCACUCGCAUUCAUCUCACGUCACUUCACUCACUGGCCCCGACGGAACGUAAGGAGAGAGAUGAGCGCAAACAGAAUCCCACCCAGGACGCGCGUUGGAGUUGGGCCCUGGGUGUGAGUGACAUGUCCUUUCCCUAUGGUCGCACUGACGCUUGCAUGCAUAUUCUUUAUUCGGUUUGAAUCACUUAAAGAAAGUUCAAUCUUUAAGAGAGUCUAAAGCUAUAAGAGGCUGCAGUUUUGUCAAAAAAGUUUGUUAAACAUUGUCUGCUGCUUUUGUCAAUUUUUGUAGCCUCGGUAGUUUGAACAGAGAAGGUUUAUGUAGUUGUUGAUUGAAACGCAUUAAUUUGGCAGGAUCUUGGGAUGAUUCAUUGGAGCCAUGGAUGACAGAAUGGUUUGCUACUAUGAAGAGUGAGAAUUGAAGA